AGAAAACGGGGAGAGGCAGAGAAAGACUUGUGAGGUAGACAGUGUCACGUCGACAUGUGUGGCUGUACAACGGACAUUUCCAAUUUUUUUAGUGUAGAUAUUUGACAAGCUAAUAUUGCUUUAAUCAUUUUGUAUGGACUUCAAGAGAUGACACUUCUCAGACACUGAUUAAAAAAGUGAAGCUAUCUCCCUGUCGAGGUUAGACAGACAGCUUAACGGACUGCGGAGAGGUCAAAGUCAAAAUGAGUGAUGAAGGGAUGUUGGAGCCUCUUGUCAUCAUUGAAGAGGGGGAUGUGAUAGGCUGUGACUCUGAAAGAGAGAUGGCCAGCGGUGAGGUUCUUACUGUCCUGAUCAACAAUGAAUCAUCAGCCCUCCAGAUGGGAGAGAAACCGUUUGGGGAAGACAAAAUUGCAGGCAGUAUGCCAAGUGGGACACGUUUAGAAGAGCAGAGGUCACCGAAGAUGCAAACCAUGACAGAGGGUCGUCAGAAGGAGGUAGCAGAGGAGGAUGAAGUUAACAGGGAUGAGGAGACUACGGACAUCGAAGAAGGCCAGGACAGAGGUGGUAAAGAUAGUGAAGAGAAGACAGAGAAAAGAGAGAAGAGUGGAGAAACAUCUGAGGAGCACCGAACCAUAGAACAAGAUGUGGACCACAUACAUGGACUUGCUUCUUCUGACCAGACACCGAAAGAGAUGCAAAACACACUGGAUGCCCAAAAACAGGUUCACCGGUUAACCCCCGACUUCCCAGAGGCUCUGUAUGAGCUCCUCUGCACAUUGCAAGAAGGAAGACGGCUUAAUGACCAGCGGUGCUCCUUCCACCUGGAGGGAGGAAUGACCCGCAGGAGGUGUCACUCUGAACCCAAUACUACCAAACCAGCCAAUAGAGUCAUCUUUUCCUCCAUGACCUCGCUACAGAGAGAGGAGUUCUUCGACCUGGUUGCCACCACACAAGCCCGGCGUCUGGAUGACCAGAGGGCCGAGCUCCAAAGGUCAUUGCCACUGAAGCCAAAAACCAAAAGUUUCAGAAGCAGUUUGAAACAGCGCUCCAUUGUAAAAAAGCCUGCCCCGACUCCUGUGCCCAAGGAGGACCUGUACAAUAUGAUUCUCAGUACACAAGCCCAGGGCCGUCUGGAGGACCAGCGCAGCAGGGCUCCUGGACCCAUGGACGACGAGGACUUCUUCUCUCUGCUCCUGAGGGUCCAGGGGGGCCGCAUGGAGGAGCAAAGGACUGAGCUGCCAUGUAUUCUUCAAACUUAGGGUAGAAAGACCAUGUGGCGCUUGUGUGCCUCCCUUGACUCAUGGUGUAGCCUUAGCUUUAGUGCUUAUUUUAAACGGGUGGUUGUUGUUGCUGUUAUCUGUCGACGCUUUAACACAGGAAAUUGUUAAGCCUGUGGCCCAUCACCUGUUUGGACCAGCCAACUUCGCCCUAUGGUCUGUCGAUGGUACUGAACAACAACAAGCUGCUGUUGCAGGACGCUAAUGACGGAGGGACAGCGCUUUUUGUGUCAUUCCUGAAGAGAGUGUGCGAUCUGGUGUCAGACCAUGCAUCUCUCAGAAAACUUAAAGUUGAGCGAUAGUGUUUUCUUAUUGAGCCAAUUGAACAGUUGACAGAAUCAUGGUCCAGACACUUUCUGGGAUGCGUGGUUGAGUGAUCUUAUAUAUGUUUCUCUGUGUUUUAUGUGUGGGAGGCGGAUGACUGACUUCUGUACAUUAGACAUGAAAUUGAAUAUGGAGGAAGUGAGGACAUGACAGUAUGGAUUAAGAACAUACCCAGCUGAGGAUACCCUUUGUUGGACUGUAUUUGGAUGAUAUUCCUCUGGAAAAUAAACUACAUGUGCAACACA